AUGGCCAACGCCUUGACAUCUAGAGACGAGCCAAAACAGGCUGAGUAUGCUGGAGAUGAGGUCUCGGCCAUUGUUCUCGACCCCGGCUACGCCACAACCCGAGUAGGCUUCGCAGGAGAAGACACGCCCAAGUCCAUCGUGCCUACGUAUUACGCAGCAACAGGUGACCAGCGCCUCUUCGGUGACCACGUUAUCGAUGUCCCGCGCGAAAAUGUCGAAAUCAAGAACCCCCUAGGCUCAGAUGGCAUCGUGGAAGACUGGGACGCGGCCGAGGCGUUAUGGAAAUACUCGUUCGCUCAUAAGCUCACCGGGGUGCGUCCGAACCGAGCUCUACAGGAAUGGUUGAAUGACAGCAGUGCCGUGCCCGAUCUGCAAAAGGCCAUGGCUGAUGCGGUGGAUACGGAAAGAUGUCUAGAAGACCAUCCGUUGUUCAUGACGGAGCCGUCGUGGAAUCCUACAAAGGCAAGGGAGAAGAUGACCGAGAUUGCGCUCGAGUCUUGGGCCGCGCCGGCGUUCUACUUGGGUCGUACUGGAGUCAUGGGUGCCUUUGCAGCUGGACGGCCGAGUGCACUGGUGAUUGAUUUUGGUGCUUCUCAGGUCUCGGUGACACCUGUUCACGAUGGUAUGGUCUUGAAGAAAGGAGUCACCAAGGCCAACAUCGGAGGCAAUUACCUGUCAUCGCAAGUGCGCAGUAUGCUGGCUGCCAAUGAGAGUGGCGCCAUCAACAUCACACCUCACUACCUGAUUCAGUCCAAACAACCGGUCGAUGCUGGCCAGCCGGCCAACGCAAUUCUGAAGACCAUGCCUGAGGGUUUCAAGUCUCCAUCGGCCUCUUUCCGUCGGUACCAGGAAGACAAAGUGAUACUUGAAUUCAAGGAAUUGGCUCUUCAGGCUUGGACGAGCCCUCAAGCUCCAUUCCGUGGGCAAGGAGAAGCGACCACGCGGGAACAACAAUUCGCCCAGCCAUUUGAGUUUCCUGAUGGAUAUAAUCAAACCUUUUCGAGUGACCGCUUCAGACUAGUCGAGUCACUUUUCGACCCACAGUGUUACUACGCACCACCUGCAGGCUCGCUCGACGCUACGCUCUACCCGGCACCGGACGCGACAAGCACCAUCCCUGGCAUCGUGCGUGCCUGUCUGGCGCAGAUCGACGUCGACAUCCGACCAUUCUUACUGGGUAACGUGGUGGUGACGGGCGGCAGUUCACUGAUCCGCGGGCUGCCCGACCGUCUCCAGCAGGAACUCACCAAGAUGUACCCAUCGGCUAGAGUCCGCAUUCAGGCAUCCGGAAUGAGUGUGGAACGAAAGUUUGGGUCGUGGAUCGGCGGCAGCAUCGUCUCGUCCCUUGGCACGUUCCACCAGAUGUGGAUUUCCAAGAAGGAGUACGACGAGCACGGUGCUGGGAUUGUGGAGAAGAGAUGUAAGUAG